AACUUCACUCAAAUCAAUGACGGGGCAUUCUGUCAGAGUGUAAAGAAAGUGGGAGUAUACUCGGCAGUUUUAUCGUCCUUUCCUUGUACUGAUUGUUCAUAGAAAAUCAAUUAAAUAGCAACCAUGGACGCCUUCGGUGAUAAUAAUUUUGAACAGGCUGAUGUUGAUCCAGCGGCGGAGUUCCUUGCGCGCGAGCAAAAUGCCCUGGCUGGCUUGGAAGACGAGCUUCAGCCAGCGGCUGCGACCACCGCAAGUGCACCAGCAGUGAAUCAUGUAAAUGAGGGAUCUAAUUUUCUUGACAACCAGGAUGAAGGCAUGAUUGAAGCAGGAAUUCAGUACACACCACCGGUACAACGUGAGGAGCCAGAAAAGAUUCGGAAAUGGCGUGAAGACCAAAAACAACGCCUUGAGGACAAAGAUAAGGAAGAAGAAAAGAAAAAGGAGGAGCUUCGCGAGCAAGCGAAAAAAGAACUUGAAGAGUGGUACAAACAUCACGAAGAAACUAUUGCAAAGACAAAAGCUGCAAAUCGAGAGUCGGCGAAAAACGCAGAGAAGCAAUUUGUUGCUGAAAAUGAUGAAAUCGAGCCCGGCACCGAGUGGGAGCGUAUCGCUAAAUUAUGUGACUUUAAUCCGAAAUCGAACAAGUCCAGUCGAGACGUAUCGCGCAUGCGUUCUAUUAUCCUACAACUUAAGCAAAAUCCUCUGCCAGCUAAACGGGCUUAAAAUAUAUUGUUAAAAUACGAAUAUUCAUAGAAAAUGAUUCAUUGUUAUGGAUUUAAAAUAAACAUCAAAGCAAGGAAUAUCUCACACUCCACAUUGCAAUAGUCCCUGUCGUUUUCUUUUGCGAAAAGUACUACAUCAAUACUCCCACAGGAAGUAAUAAAUUGCUUUACGUGAAAUUGAGGGGAAAAAAGAGUGUAGAACGAUACGAUACAAUAGAAAGAAGUGUUUAAAAUAAUAUUAGUUUAUUAUUAUCUAUGAUUCAAAGUUUGUUUAUUUCGUUUUUUAAUAAAACAAUAUUAAGAAAA